CAGAGCCUGGGCAGGCAAGCUGGGCUCCUGCUGUCCCUAGUGGGAGCACUGUGUACUCGCUGGCCGGGACACCAGACAUGGUCCGAAGCCCUGCAAGACUGGCUGCUGUGACUCCCUGACCCUCACAGGAAAGCCCACCUACCUAGCAAGCACCACCUGUCCCCUACAACCAUGCAUGCCAACUGCAGCUCCUGGCCUACCCCAUACCAAGACCCAAGAUGACACCCAACAGCACCGGAGAGAUGUCCAGUUCCAUUCCCGUGGGGGUCCUAGGGCUCUCCCUGGCCCUGGCAAGCCUCAUUGUCACUGCCAACCUGCUCCUGGCCCUGGGCAUUGCCUGGGACCGCCACCUGCGCAGCCCACCUGCCGGCAGCUUCUUCCUGAGCCUGCUGCUGGCCGGGCUGCUCACAGGGCUGGCGCUGCCCAUGCUACCUGGGCUGUGGAGCCGAAGCCACCGGGGCUACUGGUCCUGCCUCCUCCUCUACUUGGCUCCCAACUUCUCCUUCCUCUCCCUGCUCGCCAAUCUGCUACUGGUGCAUGGGGAGCGCUACGUGGCAGUGCUGUGGCCCCUCCGCCCCCAUGGGAGCAUGCGGCUGGCCCUGCUCCUCACCUGGGCUGGCCCUCUGUUCUUUGCCAGCCUGCCUGCACUGGGCUGGAACCAUUGGAGCCCUGGUACCAACUGCAGCUCCCAAGCUGUCUUCCCAGCCCCCUACCUCUACCUCGAAGUCUAUGGGCUCCUGCUGCCUGCUGUGGGAGCUGCCGCCCUUCUCUCUGUCCGCGUGUUGGCCACUGCCCGCCGUCAGCUGCAGGACAUCCGCCGGCUGGAGCGGGCAGUAUGCCGUGACACUCCCUCAGCCUUGGCCCGGGCCCUCACCUGGAGGCAAGCCAGGGCGCAGGGCGGAGCCACCCUGCUCUUCGUACUAUGCUGGGGGCCCUACGUGGCCACGCUGCUCCUGUCCGUCUUGGCCUAUGAGAGGCGCCCGCCCCUGGGGCCUGGAACUCUGCUGUCCCUUGUCUCACUGGGCAGUGCCAGUGCAGCAGCUGUGCCUGUGGCCAUGGGUCUGGGAGAUCAGCGCUACACAGCCCCCUGGAGGGCAGCCAUCCAAAGGUGGCUGCAGGUGCUUCGAGGAAGAACCUCCAGGGACAGUCCUGGUCCCAGCACUGCCUACCACACCAGCAGCCAAAGCAGCAUUGACCUGGACUUGAACUAGGGGAAGGGCUACUGCUGCCUCCCAUCUCAGCUGCCAGGUCUCUCUGCACAGGCCUGCCCCCUCUGGUUUGAGCCACAACCCCACCCUGACCAAAUAAAAGUUCCUCUGGCCACCA